ACAUAUGAACUACAUAUGUUACGAAUGAUAAAAAACCAUGAUUCGUAGUUACUGGCAUUUUUCCUUGUUUCUAUUACAUUUAUUGCCCCAACUCACACUUUCUUAUAAUUAUCUUGUAUUCUGUCCACUAUUUGCUCACAGCCAUCACAAAUUUCUUGCAAAAAUAGCAGAUACUCUUACGGAAGCUGGGCAUAAUGUAACUUUUCUGAUGCCAAUUAUACACAGAGAAUAUGAAAAUGUCAAGUAUUUGGAGCAUACAACUGAUAUAGUCUACAUUCAACCGGAUAAAGAACUCGAAGAAAUUGCACAAAAUGCUGAUUAUUCAACGUUUUGGAAAAACGAUUUUGGAAUACUAACUUUUAUUCCAGCGAUUGAGAGAUUUUUCAGAAUGUUCACAAAAGUUCAUGAUAUUUUGAAAAAGGAUUUGAGUGUGUUGGAUAAUCUCAAGAAUAGAAAGUUUGAUGCAAUGAUUUUUGAAUCACUUGCUUUUUGUGCACAUCCAAUUCGAGAGUACUUGGAAAUAAAAACUAUUUUCCCAUCCUGGUCGAUGACACAUAUGACUGAAUUGAGCCAAGCGAUUGGAGAGCCUUCAUCACCUACUUUUCUACCAAUAACCAUUUCCCCAUUUGGAGACAAAAUGACAUUUAAAGAACGUCUUCUAAAUACUCUUGCAGACUUUACAUUUACCCAUAUAUUUCAGCCACCAACAUUAACUUCUUUCAAGUAUCCACAUCAAACUUUUGAUUUCAAGGAAAUUCUUUCACAAGCUCCUUUCAUAUUUUUCAAUUCAAAUCCGUUCCUGGAUUUCCCACGCCCAACAUUGACAAAGACAAUAGAAAUUGGUGGUAUUUCUGUGAACGCAACUCUAAUGAGACUGGAAAAACUUCCGGAAGAAUACAAUACAAUUUUAAAUUUAAAACAACAAAAUGUGUUGAUUUCAUUUGGUUCAAUGCUUCGUUCAAGUGAAAUGCCUGUAGAAUACAAAGACACAAUUGCUCAAGUGGUGAGAUCAUUUCCAUCCGUCACAUUUAUUUGGAAAUAUGAAAACAACAACGUCGAGUUUGCAGAAAAUCUUCCAAACUUUCAUUUUUUCAAAUGGGUCCCGCAAACAGCUUUAUUAGCCGAUUCUCGUCUUUCUGCAUUUAUCACUCAUGCUGGAUUGGGAAGUAUAAAUGAAUUGAGUUACAUAGGUAAACCUGCAAUUCUCGUUCCAAUUUUUGCGGAUCAACUGAGAAAUGCAAAAAUGUUGGUUAGACACAAUGGAUCUAUUGAAUUAGACAAGAAAGAUCUUGGAAAGUUUGACGUACUUCGAGAUGCUGUGGAUGCCAUUUUGAAUGAUAAAAGCUAUACGAAUAACGCGAUAUUGUUAUCUCAACAAUUGGAGAGUCAACCAUUUUCUCCACACGAUCUUCUCGUAAAAUAUGCCGAAUUUGGAGCUAAAUUUGGAGAACUACCAUCACUGGAUCCACAUUAUCGUAAAAUGUCAUUUUUCUCAUUUUUCAUGAUUGAUAUUAUUUUAUUCUUGACAGCAACUUUUGCUAUAUUCGUUUCUAUAUCACUGUAUCUCUUUCGCGUGUUCUUCAAAAGUGUUUUUGUAAGAAAAGAGAAAAUAAACUGAUGAAAGGCU